AUGGCUUCGUUUAUGGAGGACCUCUGGUCCAGCAUUUUCACCCCCGGACCCACCCCCACGCUCCUCGUCGCAACCAACGUCACCUUUGCAGCGCUGCAGGCCCUCCUCCUAUCCCUCCUUCUGGCCACCUACAGCAUUCACUUCCUGGUCCUAUCCUUCCUAUCGGGCGCUCUCUGGUGGUCCAUCAACUGGUUUGCGCGGGAGGUGAGGCAGUUCCAGGCCGAGGAGGCGGAGAAGCAAAAGCACGCGGAUAAGGAACACGACGACGAACCUGAGGGCAAACCCGACAGCAGCACCCGGAAGACUCCCGGUGCUCUCGACACCACGGACAGUGACACCGAAACCGAACAGGUCGCCUUGCGCAAAGAGAUUGCAUCAGUGCCCACCUCCGCUCCCCGGUCCACCACUGCCUCGGCCACACUGCAACUUCCCGAGGCGCAAGGCGAAAUUCGGAAGCGUCUCAGCGUCAGCGGCGAGAGUUCGGGCUACCAAAGCACCGAUAGUGAAUGGGAGAAGGUGGAUGACAACCACGCGGCCUAG